GGUUGGGAACUAGGGUCUGGCAUAUGUCAUGAGGGGGACGGGGGACGGCUAUAGCUUCCAGGUGUCAAUAGCUUCGGAUGUGUUUAAUGAGUCUAUCUAUACUGACUCAACUCCUCAGAUUCACAAUUAGUGUGAAAUCAAGAAAGACAGAGCUUAGAGCCACCCGUCGGGGAGAACAGACCACGAUCACCAACGCAACGGCAAACCCUCAAGCUAAAAGAUGCAGCAAAAGCCCAUGGAAUACGAAGCAAUUGCAGCGAAAUGGGUGGGAACAAACGAGGCUCAGCUUCCUUUCCUGUCUGUCAAGUUGCAUGAAACAUAGGAAGCGAUAUCCGGAAGAGUUACGUUAGCCCUGUUUGCUCUAGUUGAUGUGUUGUUUCCGUUGACUCAAACCAGGAUAUGGCCUGGGCUUUGUGGUUUCAAGAUGAUAAGAGCUGUAUUGAGAGGUUGGUGGUUGAGGUUCGGGCUUCUUAUUUGUUCGAGAAGUUACUUGCAGUUGAGACUUUUCCUUCUGCCAAGAGCCGUGGCUGAUAUUAUACCUGAUAUACCUUCUACUACUCUGGAAACAGACACUAGAAAACAACGUGGUGCGACAAAUAACGUCAAGUCAAUGAUGUUAUUUC